UCUACCUUAAUGGAAAACUACCUGUAGUCCUGGUGUGUAUUGUAACAUUAUUUUUUGUUAUUGGAACGAAAUUUCGUUUGACAGAGAUUCAAACUGCCCUACGUUGUUAUAAAGAGACUGCCUUGGGAAUAAUCGUUGUUCUAUUGCUCACUCCAGUUGUUGGGACGAAGUUACUGAUGUUACCAAAGUUUCGAGAGGUUCCCAGGUCAGGUUUGGAUGCAGAAAAUGGUACAUUGAACAAUAGCUGGACAAUUGAAUUACCAGAUUUUGGUCCGGAGGAAUUUCGUAUUGGGCUACAGAUAUUUUGUGUUUCUCCCUGUGCAUCAGCAUUUCCUACUGUAGUG